AUGCCUCAGGGAAGCCUUGAAGUUCUUCUUGUUAGCGCCAAGGGCCUUGAGAAUACUGAUUUUCUUAGUAACAUGGACCCUUAUGUGAUCCUCACAUGCCGCACUCAGAAGCAACAAAGCAGCGUUGCAUCAGGUAAAGGGAGUGAUCCAGAAUGGAAUGAGAAUUUUGUAUUCAACGUGUCUGAAGGGGUUUCCGAACUAAACUUGAAGAUCAUGGACAGUGACACCUUAACGGCUGAUGAUUUUGUAGGAGAAGCCACCAUUCCACUAGUCGCAUUGUUUUCGGAAGGAAGUCUUCCACCCACCUCAUACAAUGUUGUGAAGGAUGGCCACUAUUGUGGAGAGAUUAGAAUUGGCCUCAGUUUUACGCGUCAGGAUCGCAGAGAACUGCCGGAGGAAAGUUUUGGUGGAUGGAAAGAGUCUGGUUACCGAAACUGA